AUGGACAAUAUAUCUCAUUUUACUGGAUUCACUCUCUCUCAGCUGGAAGAAUCAAUGUCAGUCAGACAAACAUGUCUUGCUCUCUCUCUUGCUGUGUAUCUUUUAAUAAUUAUACUGAAUCUGAUUUUGAUACUGACAAUCUUGCUGGAGAAAUCCCUCCAUGAGCCCAUGUAUAUUUUCGUGUGUAGUCUGUGUAUUAAUGGACUAUUUGGAACAACUGGUUUCUACCCUAAAUUCCUGUAUGAUUUAAUCUCUGAUACACAUGUGAUAUCUUUCGGUGGGUGCUCCUUGCAAUUCUUUGUGAUUUAUACCUCGGCAAUGUGUGAGUUUACAACGUUAUCAGUGAUGUCUUAUGACAGGUAUGUGGCAAUAUGCAGACCCUUAGACUAUCACUCUGUUAUGACAAACAAAACUGUAGGAAAAUUGCUCAUGUUUUCCUGGCUUUUACCUGCUCUCUCUUCAACUAUAGUACUUCUGUUGACAAACCAGCUGUCAUUAUGUGGAUCCCACAUUGACAAACUCUAUUGUGACAACUGGUCUAUAGUAAAGCUUUCUUGUGAGCCUACCAUCACUUAUAAUAUUUAUGGAGGUAUUGGAACCAUAGCAUAUGUGUCCCUUGUAAUUCUUAUUAUUUGGUCUUAUGGUAAGUUGAUUAUUGCGUGUGUCAAAUCUACAGAGAACAAAUCCAAGUUUAUGCAUACCUGUGUGCCUCAUUUGCUGUCUUUAAUUAAUUUCACAAUUGCUUUAUUAUUUGACGUAAUUUAUGGUCGAUAUGGAUCAAAGGAUUUCCCACAAAGUCUACGCAACUUCAUGUCCUUAGAAUUUCUAUUAAUCCCACCUGUUUUUAACCCCUUAAUUUAUGGAUUAAAACUGACUGUGGUUCGCAAAAGAGCCUUCAGAGCUGUGUCUUCAGUCAAAGGAAGAGACCUUUUCAGUGAGGCAGCAGAAGAUCUGAGGAUGAAGGGUUAUAACGUGGAUCCCAUUAAGAAGACUGCCGACAUGGAGGAGAGACUGGUGUAG